AUGCGACAAACUAAGACUCCCGAAAGAAACAAAAAUAGCACCAUGUUUUCUGUCGCCGGGCCUGUUCCCGUCUUCAACGACCGGGCUUCAUGGGACUUUAAGCCUGUAUUCUCGUCACCUCUUUCGUCGUCGCCAAUUCGCGCGUCAUCACCACUUUCUCCUAUCAACGACAACGCCCCUCGCCAAACACAGUCGUCGCCUAUCCCACAGCCCAAGUUCAAGUACGCGUCGCGACCGACAAGACCGAAUCCGGUAGUCCGUCGAAGGGAGGAUGUGCAGGAAAACCGGAGGAAGGCCUUCCUUCAAAACGUUAGGCAGCGAGCUGAUGACAAGACCUACCAACGGCGGGAUAUGGAGGGCACUAUUCUUAAGUCAGAAUGGGACCGUGAGUUACAACAGCGAUUUUACGCCAAACAACUCGAAAGCGAUGCGAUAUACUCCGAGGCAGAGAUUGAAGAUGCCGCAGCUCUUUCACAAAACCGUGUACCACAGAUGCCCGACGAUGCCGACGACAUGAUGGUUGAUGUAAUCGCACAGGAAGAGCAAGAAGAGCUUGACGCAUUGCUGUCGUCGUACAGCCAGUGUUCCGAAGCGCAGGCACCACCGGACCCUUACAACCUCUCAGAUGACGAGGAUUAUGACGCGCUAUUUCUGAGUCUAGUGUCACAAGAGAACCAUCCACCGGAUGCCUCGUCUCAGGAAAUGGACAUGUCUUAA